GCCGCUCCGCACUAUCCGCUAACUAUUCGCAAUCGACCGACGUCUUGGUUGUUGGACUUGGGUUAUAAUGACUUGACUUCUGCUAAAUGAACCCGUGGACUAGUAUAAGUUUAUCGCAGUGGCGUAUUUUUUUUUUAUUGGGCGAGUGCCGAAGCGAACGCUCCCAUACGAUAAGGACUAAUAGCGUCGAGUGAGAGUUUUUUCGUGCGUUGUGCUGCCGAGGCGGCGUGAUGGAGAAGCAGUCCAGGUGGUCGGAGCAGCGCUCCGAGCAGCGUAGCGAGCAGCGCAGCGAGCAGCGGGUGCAGCAACACUCCGAGCGGCGCGAGCAAGUCGUGCAGCAGCAGGAGCGCGUGCAGCGCACCGAACAGCACUACACACACCAGAUGCUUUCACAGCAAGUUGAAAGCGCUGGUGGCGAACGCAUACCGAUCACUUCAGGGAGACAUGGAGACUUGUCUCCACCUAUUUUCGAGCAGAUAUUUAAAAAUGCAAGAUUUGCGCAAGGUGGCAACGCUAAAUUUGAAGGAAAACUUCGAGGAAACCCAACACCUGUUGUUUCAUGGACCAGAAAAAAGGCACCAUUGGUAGAAUGCAAUAAAUACAGCAUGAGUUACAAUGAGCAAACUGGCGAUGUAUCUCUACUCAUCAAACAAAUAGGACCUGGUGACGAAGGAGAAUAUACUUGUACUGCCCGAAACCAAUAUGGUGAAGCAAUUUGUUCAGUUUAUAUCCAACCCGAAGGUGUUCCAGUGCCCACCCAUCAAGCUUCACAGCAGCAAAGCUACAAGCAUGUUAGUGAAAGUGUUGAGCACAAAUCUUAUGGAACACAAGAAUAUUCAACCGAACAGUCCCGGCAAUCUCAAAGGUUCGCGUAUACAAAUGGUUCCGAUAUUUCAUCGACUGAAGAUUUUAAAGUGGACACUUUUGAAUAUAGGCUAUUGAGAGAGGUUUCAUUUAGAGAAACUAUUACCAAGAGAUUUAUUGGUGAAACUGACAUUCAUAUAAACACAGAAGUUGAUAAGUCUUUGGGACCAGUGUCGCCACCUAAAAUAUUUCAGAAACCUAGAAAUUCUAAGUUACAGGAAGGUGCCGAUGCACAGUUUCAAGUACAAUUGUCGGGUAAUCCUCGACCACGUGUAACCUGGUUUAAAAAUGGCCAGAGGAUAGUUAACUCAAACAAACAUAACAUUAUAAAUACUAAUAAUCAAACGAUCCUUAGAAUAAGAAAUACACAAAAGUCUGAUUCUGGUCACUACACUCUUUUAGCUGAAAAUCCCAACGGAUGUAUUGUUACUUCUGGGUACCUUGCCGUAGAAUCACCUCAAGAAACAUACGUACAAGACCAAAAAUCGCAGUACGUAAUUGAUACUCAACAAGUAGAGACUGAAAGAAUAGAAGUAAAUGAAAAGGCCCUUGCUCCGCAAUUUGUAAAAGUCUGCCAAGACCGUGAUGUAACAGAAGGAAAAAUGACGCGAUUCGAUUGCCGCGUUACGGGCAGACCUUAUCCAGAAGUCACGUGGUUCAUUAACGAGAGACAAAUUCGAGACGAUUAUAAUCAUAAAAUUUUAGUAAACGAAUCUGGUAACCAUGCGCUUAUGAUUACGAAUGUUGACCUUAGUGAUAGCGGUGUAGUUACUUGUGUAGCACGAAACAAAAGCGGAGAAACAUCUUUUCAGUGCCGUUUGAACGUAAUAGAAAAAGAACAAGUAGUUGCUCCGAAAUUUGUUGAACGUUUCAGUACUUUAAACGUGCGAGAAGGAGAACCUGUUAUACUGAAAGCGCGAGCAGUCGGCACACCUACACCGCGAAUCACAUGGCAGAAGGACGGCGUUCCGAUUAUACCCAAUCCAGAGCUACGAAUAAAUACCGAAGGUGGAGCCUCGACAUUGGAUAUACCUAGAGCCAAGGCGUCGGAUGCGGCAUGGUAUCAGUGCACUGCACAAAAUGUCGCAGGCUCCACAGCCACUCGGGCGAGGCUUUAUGUGGAAGUACCAAAAGAGCCUCCGCCUGAGCAAAAGCGUCUGCACUUACCGCGACCCACGAAAAUAAUUGAGCCAGAGCCCGCACCUGGACCAGAAAUUAUAUAUUUAAGGCACGUGGAAAGAGCACGACCAUACGUUCCUCCGGGUGAAGAAGACCGCGUCUAUCCUCCACCACAGUUCAUAGUACCACUAAAAAGUGUAACACAAAUGGAAGGUGGUAAAAUUCAUUUUGAAACGAGGAUAGAACCGGUCGGCGACCCAACGAUGAGAAUUGAGUGGUUGAAAAAUGGACAAAGCAUUGAAGCCAGUUCAAGAUUUACCUCAGUAUUCCGUUUCGGGUAUAUUUCUUUAGACAUGCUCAGUCUUAAUAUUCAAGAUAGUGGUGAAUAUACGUGCAGAGCAGUAAGUGCUACUGGCAUUGCAGAAACCAAAGCGAUUUUACAAGUGACUCCCAGAGCGACGAUUGAAAGAACAAGUCAACAUCCAGAAAGUUUGCAAUAUAUUCAGCAACUAGAAGACUAUUCCAAAUAUCAACAUCAGGAGUCUAUAGAAGAACAAACAUCGCAAAGACCACAAUUCAUAAGACCAUUACAAGAUCUUGGCGAACUACAAGAAGGCCGGAAUGCGCAUUUUGAAGCGCAACUUACUCCAGUUAGCGAUCCUACUAUGAGGGUGGAAUGGUACAAAGAUGGCAAAUCUAUUACAGCCAGCUCGCGAAUCACAGCAAUCUUCAACUUCGGCUACGUCUCCCUUAACAUCAUGCACCUACGGGCUGAAGAUGCAGGUUCGUAUACAGUGAGAGCUGUUAAUAGGUUAGGCGAAGCUAUCAGUACCGCUUCGAUAAGAGUAGCUGCUAGGAGUACAGUUACGACAGAUCUCGGUAUACCUGAACAACGUAGAUAUAUAGAGAAGACUGAGCAGUUAGAAGCUUAUCAACAACAACAGCAUCAAAAGUACUAUCAGGAAAUACCUGAGAGUACACAGAGACCAGAAUUUAAAACACCAAUCAAAGAUCAAAUUAAUAUAAAAGAAGGGGGCUUUGCGCAUUUUGAAGCUCGCCUUGAACCAAUUGGAGACUCCACACUUAGAGUGGAAUGGUUAAAAGAUGGACGUCCAGUAGAAGCUAGUUCACGAAUUACUACGUUCUUCAAUUUCGGAUAUGUAGCUUUAACCAUAAAAUCUGUAACUAUUCAUGAUGCCGGUCACUAUACAUGUCGAGCCUAUAAUGCACUUGGUCAAGCUACUACAAGUGCCAAUCUCACUAUAGUUACAAGAAAAGAUAUUAUAGCUGAAUCACAGCAUCCCGGAGGACUAGAAAAAAUUCAGUACUUAGAAGAUUCUAGUAAGUAUUCGAGACGAACGGAAGAAGAUGUUAGAAUUACUCAAAAACCUAGAUUCCUUGGCCCUUUGAAGGGUACAAACAAAAUUGUAGAAGGACAAAGCGCCCAUUUUGAGGCAAGAGUAGAGCCACAAAGCGAUUUAACAAUGACUGUCGAAUGGUAUUUCAAUGGAAAGCAAAUUAAAUCGGCUAAUCGAAUUCAAACCUAUCACAAUUUCGGUUAUGUGGCUUUAGACAUAACUAGUGUCCGGGCGGAAGACGCUGGCGUUUAUACCGUGGUAGCACGUAACGCUGCUGGAGAGGCGCAACUCAGUGCUUCUAUGUUAGUUGAAACCCGCUCAAGUAUUGAUACCUCAAGCAUACAUCGUGGCUUGUACGAAAAAACACGACAAAUAGAAGAAUCAAAAUUUGUUGAACCGAUGUAUCAUAUUGAAGAAAUCUCGAAAUCAAAGCCUGUUUUCGUACAACCUUUAUCAGAUCCUCAACCCGUGUCCGAAGGUAAAAAUAUUCACCUCGAGUGUCGAUUGGAACCUAUGGGUGAUCCAACAAUGAGAGUUGAAUGGUUCCAUAAUGGAAGAGCAGUAACAGUAGGAUCUCGAUUUAGGACUUACUACGAUUUUGGCUUUGUAGCACUGGAUAUUAUUCAUGCUACUUCGGUUGAUUCAGGUGAAUACACUGUUAGAGCAGUUAACCAUUUGGGGUCAGCGCACACAUCAGCAAUGGUGAGGAUUAUUGAAAGAUCAGAUAUUUUAACUGAUACUCAAAAUGAGCAAGCUGUAGAACAAAUUCAAAUGCUAGAAGAUGCUAGUCGUCGUAGCAAACACGUGCAAGAAGAUAUAACUGUCAUGCAAGCGCCUCAAUUUUCAAGGGCGUUACAUAAUAUUGAAACCGUAGAAGGUACCAAUGUGCACUUAGAAUGUAGACUGCAACCAGUCGGGGAUCCUACUAUGAAAGUAGAAUGGUUCUGCAAUGGCAGACCAAUUAAAACAGGUCAUAGGUUCAGACCAGCUUACGAAUUUGACUAUGUCGCCUUAGAUCUUUUAAGCGUAUAUCCAGAAGACUCCGGUGUAUAUACAUGUCAAGCAACAAAUCAAUUAGGAGAAGCUGUUACAUCUUGCGCCUUACGAGUCAUGGCCAAGAAAGACUUAAUUUUCGAAUCACAGCAUCCUUCUGGCUUAGAAAAAAUUCAAUAUUUAGAAGAUACUACUCGUUAUAAAAAAACAGAUGUUGUAGAUGAAUCUAUAAGUAUCAAGCCUCGAUUUAUAACAAAGCCGAAGUCAAUUGACAGUGUUAAAGAAGGUAACCAUGUUCACUUUGAGUGUAAGCUGGAACCAGUUACUGACUCAAAUCUAAAAGUUGAAUGGUUUAAAAAUGGUCAACCAGUUACAAUCGGCCAUAGAUUUAGGCCAAUCCACGAUUUUGGUUAUGUAGCCCUUGAUAUCAUUGACCUUAUAGCCGAAGACUCAGGUAUUUAUACCUGCAGAGCUGUUAAUCUUGUUGGCACUGAUGAAGUGAAUUGCAAAUUAACGUGUCGAGAAACGGCCGAUAUUAUAAGAGCUACUCAAAAUGAAGUAGGUUUAGAACAGAUACAAGUUUUAGAAGAUAGAUCUAAAUAUCACAGAACUGAUAUUAUUGAUGAAAUAACUACUCAAGCACCCAUAUUUACAACAUCAUUGAAAAAUGUUGAAAUCAAAGAAGGACAACGAGCCCACUUUGAGUGUAGACUCAUUCCCGUUUCUGAUGCAACAAUGAAAGUAGAAUGGUAUCAUAAUAAUAAGCCGCUAAAGAGUGGUUCUAGAUUUACGGAGACAAAUAACUUUGGUUUUGUUGCACUCGACAUUAUGUCUUGCUUGCCAGAAGACUCAGGUACAUAUACCUGUAGAGCAAUCAACGCCCUUGGAGAAGCUGUAACAUCGGGCACUGCAAUAGUACAUUCGAAGAAAUCAAUUUAUCUAGAAUCCCAACAUGAAGGUGCUCUACCAAGACUUACACAGCUAGAAGAUUCUACAAGACAUCAAAGACAAUCGACGCAAGAAGAAUUAGUUACCCAAGCGCCUGUUUUUACUAUGCCCAUGAAGGACAUUCGAGUUGCCGAAAAUCAAGCAGUUCACUUUGAAGCCAGACUUAUACCAGUAGGUGACCCGAAAUUAAGAGUUGAGUGGUUGAGGAAUGGAGUUUCUAUUGAAGCUUCAAAUCGUAUCACUACCAUGCAUGACUUUGGCUAUGUUGCUCUGAACAUGAAGUAUGUGAAUCCUGAAGACUCGGGUACUUAUACUUGUCGAGCAAUAAAUGAACUCGGAGAAGCGGUAACAUCAUCUACCCUCUUCGUUCAAUCUAAAGCAUCUUUACAAUUAGAAACGGUUCAUGAAACUGCGUUGCAAAAAAUACGACAGUUGGAAGAUACAUCCCGCUAUCAACGCAGAGAAGAAGUUGAAAUUGCUGUAAACCAAGCUCCUCGAUUUAUUACACAAUUAAAUGGGCCUUCCAAAUUAGUCGAAGGGCAGAGUGCGCAUUACGAGUGUAGAAUAGAACCUUAUCCCGAUCCGACUAUGCGAGUCGAAUGGUACUUUAAUGGAAAAGUUUUACAAAGUGGGCACCGCUAUCGCACGGCUUAUGACUUUGGCUUCGCAGCCCUUGAUAUUCUAACAGUAUACGGAGAAGAUUCUGGUGAAUACACUUGUAAAGUUAUCAAUAACUUAGGUCAAGCAACAUCAUCUAUCAAACUCAAUGUUCAAUCAAAAGAAUCAAUUAUUAGAGAUACACAACAUGAGAGUGCUUUAGAAAAAAUUCAAUAUCUUGAAGAUGACAGCAGAUAUAAGCGAGUCGUUACAGAUGAAGGAUUUAUUGCUGAGAAACCUCAAUUUGGAAAACCUCUCAAAAAUGUACACGUUGCCGAGGGCCAAUCGAUACAUCUAGAGGCUACCUUAACUCCUGUAAAUGACCCCACGAUGCGUGUAGAAUGGUAUUGUAACGGAAGACCUAUUCAACAGGGCCAUAGAUUUAAGACUACCUAUGACUUUGGUUAUGUGGCAUUAGAUGUUUUGUAUGCUUAUGCAGAAGAUUCUGGAACUUACAUGUGCAAGGCGACAAAUGCUGUCGGUGAAGCAGUAACAACCAGUUCUGUAAAUGUAGAUGCCAUGGCUUCAUUGUAUCUGGACACAUUAGAUGAACAACGCUUGAAAAAGAUCAAAGAGCUCGAACAAUACGAGAGGCCAAAAGCCGUCGAAGAAGAUAAACCAGGACAACGGCCUGUAUUCUUAACUGCUUUAACUAGCUUAGAGAACCUAAAAGAAGGUGACCGCGCUCACUUCGAGUGUAGAGUAGAGCCUAUUAAUGAUCCUGAUCUCAAUAUUGAAUGGUUCCUUAAUGGUAAAAAAAUAAAGACAGGUCACAGGUUUAGAACAACACAUGACUUUGGAUACGUCGCAUUUGAUAUAUUAUAUUCCUACGCUGAAGAUUCUGGAACGUACAUGUGUAAAGCCACUAAUAAACUCGGAGAAGCAGUAAACACGUGCACGUUGAAGGUUGCAAGUCAUCGAAAUAUUAUCUUAGACACCCAACAUCCUAAUGGCCUUGAGAAAAUAAGACAAUUAGAGGCUCAAGGUCAUCAAUCAAGAAUAGAAGUUGAAGAGCCUAAGAUUUCGCCUCCAAGAUUUGUAACAGAACUCAGGGGAACAACCCAUGUUUUUGAGGGUCAAACGGCACACUUUGAAUGCCAAGUUGAGCCAAUACACGAUCCCAAUUUGCGCAUUGAGUUCUAUCACAACGGCAAAGCAUUGCAAUCUGCGUCACGGUUCCAUAUCACUUUUGAUUUUGGUUAUGUGUCAUUGGAUAUACAGCACUGUGUCCCAGAAGAUGCUGGCGAAUAUUCUGUAAAAGCGAUUAACGCUCUUGGUCAGUGCACUUCCUCGAUUUCAAUGACUGUAACCGCAAAAGGUAGUAUUAUAUCGGAAUCUCAACGUCCAGAAGGUCUCGAGAAAAUUAGAGAAUUAGAAUCAACAGAACCAUUUAAAAGGCCAGAAAUACCUGAGCCCGUCACUAGGCAAAGACCUGUCUUUACGCAGCCUCUCCAAAACAUCGAUAAUAUACAAGAGGGUCAGACGGCUCACUUUGAUUGUAGGCUUAUUCCUGUUGGAGAUCCAACACUCAAAGUAGAAUGGUUCAGAAAUGAAAAAUUAAUAGAAGACAGUUCUAGAAUAACCAAAACACAUGAUUUUGGAUAUGUUUCUAUGACUAUUUCUCACGUGCGUGAUGAAGACGAAGGUGUUUAUAUGUGUAGAGCAUCAAAUUUAUUAGGUGAAGCAGUUACAACAGCUGCCAUGAAAAUAAAAACAAAAGCAUCAAUUCAAAUGGAUACACAGCAUCCAGAAGGAAUGAAGAAAAUUCAAAAAUUGGAAGAACCCCUGGCUAGAAAAGCUGAUGAACCAGAAAGAGAAUUUGAAAAACCAAUCUUCACUCAGGUUUUGACCGGUCCAUCUGAACUAUGGGAGGGGCAACACGCUCAUUAUGAAGCUCGAGUGGUCCCUGUUGGCGAUCCUAGCCUGCGAUUUGAAUGGUAUAUUAACGGCGUUGAACUUAAAAUGGGUUCACGAUUCCGCACUACGCACGAUUUCGGUUUUGUUACUUUGGACAUAAAUUCAGUUGUUGCACAAGAUGCAGGAUUGUAUAUGUGUAAAGCAAUAAAUAAGGCAGGAAGCACUGUGUCUUCCACUUCUCUAAAAGUAAAAACAAAAUCAACAAUUAUUGAUGAAGCUUUGAGACCUGAAUCAUGGCAAAAAAUUCAGAUGAAAGAGGCAGCCAUGAAUAAAGUACCAGAAAUGUUUAUUGACACUGGUGUUCAACAAGCUCCUAUAUUUACCACUCACCUUAAAAGCUAUGAUAAACUUGUUGAAGGACAACAUGUUUAUUUGGAAGCCCAAGUUGAACCACGGACGGAUCCUAACUUAAGAAUUGAGUGGUUUAAGAAUGGAGUAUCAUUAACCACUGGAUCAAGAUUAAAGAGUACUUUUGACUUUGGCUUGGUAACGCUCUCUAUUAACUCUUUAAGAAUUGACGAUUCAGGUAUAUAUACAUGCAAAGCUACAAACUUGAUGGGUGAAGCGGUUUCCACUGCUUCGAUUAAAAUUGAAGACCGUCAUUGGCUGCUUGGUGAAUCAUUACACCCGCAGUCUUUAGACCGUAUCGGAGCACUAGAACAACCUAAACCAACUAAGCCAGAAACACCUGAACCAGUUUAUGAGACUCCUGUUUUUAUUUCUCAUCUUAAUAACAUCAUAUGCAAGGAGGGUGAUAAUAUUCACUUUGAGUGCAAUGUUGAACCAUCUAGAGACCCGACGCUAAAGAUUGAAUGGUUCUUCAACAACAAACCUUUGCCGUCCGGGACUAGAUAUAAGAGUACCCAUGAUUUUAGCUAUGUGUCAUUGGAUAUUACGCAUACCUAUGAAGAAGACUCUGGUAUUUACACAUGUAAAGCUACUAAUAGCAAGGGAUCUGCUACAACGUCUGGUUCUUUGAGGUGUACUGGAGAUAAACAUAUUUAUUUGGACACUCAGCAUCCACAAGGCAAAGCUGGUUUAGAAGCUGUUGAACAAGCAGAAGAAGCAAGACUAUCCAAAACAAGAAGGACAUCUGUUCCAGAUGCAGAAUAUCCUAAGCCUGAAUGGGUGGUACCAGUGGCUGCUGAACAUCAGUUAAUUGAAGGACAAGCUCUUCAUCUCGAGGGUCAAGUUGAACCUAAGAAUGAUCCUGAUUUAAAGAUUGAAUGGUAUUUCAAUGGCAAAGUUUUAGAGCAAGGCUCUCGGUUUAAAUUGACAAGCGACUUUGGUUUUGUUACAUUAGAUGUAACGGACGUGUAUGAGAGGGACAGUGGAAUUUAUACAUGUAAAGCUUAUAAUAAAAAAGGAGAAGCGUUUACCUCUUCUACAAUUUAUUGCACCAGUAAAGAAAACCUUAUUGAAAGAACUCAGCAUCCAAAAGGUAAAGAGGGAUUAGAAAAAAUACAAAAUCUCGAAGAAUCUCUUCGAAGAGAGCCUGGACAGAAGCCUGAAGAUGAUACAGGAAGACCACCUGAAUUUGUAACCGUCUUCCAAGAUAUUACUGAUAUUAGUGAAGGUCAGAUUGCUCACUAUGAAGCAUCUUUAAUACCCACCGGUGACCAAAGUAUGGUAAUCGAAUGGUUUUAUAAUGGUAAAUCAAUUGAAGCUAGUCAUAGGAUUCGUACAGUAUAUGCUUUUGGAAUGGUGGUGCUCGAAAUUUUGGGUACAAAGACUUCUGAUUCUGGAGUAUACUCUUGUCGUGCUACAAAUAAAUGGGGACAAGCCGAAAUAAAUGUUAAACUUGAGUGUGUAGACAAAAGCAAAGGACAAAAACCUAAGUUCACUACACAUAUACAGAGCAUCGAAGGUCUUAAAGAUGGCCAAUCAGCACACUUUGAGUGCACUGUAAUUCCAGUUGAUGACCCGGACAUGAAGAUCGAAUGGUAUCAUAAUGGCCAGCCAUUGCGUCAUUCUACAAGAAUAAAAACUAUUUCUGAUUUCGGUUUUGUAGUACUUGAUAUUGCGUACACCCAGAAUCAUGACACCGGAGAAUAUAUUUGUCGUGCCUAUAACAAAUAUGGCGAAGAUUUUACUAAAGCAACUAUAAAUUGCUAUGGAAAGGGUGGUGUUUAUUCCGAUAGCUUACAACCUGAAUCUCUAGCAAAGAUCAGGGAGCUAGAAAGCUUGCAAGGCAUGCAACAACAGGUACAAGCACUCGCUUCUGCUGAACCACCUAAAUUUAUAACACAGAUACAAGACGUAACAAAAUUAGUGGAAGGACAAAGCGCCCACUUCGAAGCGAGACUAACUCCUGUGGACGAUCCCGAUCUUAAGGUUGAAUGGUUCUAUAACGGUAAAAAAUUACCACAUGGGCACAGAUAUAGAACUUUCCAUGACUUUGGAAUUGUUAUUUUAGACAUUCUUUAUUGUUACGAAGAGAAUUCUGGGGAAUAUGAGUGUGUCGCGACGAACAAAUUGGGUCGAGAUUCAACAAAAGCCAUUCUAAAAUGCACAUCAAAAGAAAAUUUAAUUCUGGACUCGCAACUCCCGCGGGGCAUGGAAGGUGGUUUACAGAAAUUACAAACACUAGAAGAUUCUAUGAUACGCAGAAAGGAAACUGAAGUAGAAGAAAAACGUGGAAAAGCUCCCGUUUUUACAGUUCCUUUAUCAAACAUUGAGAAUCUAAGAGAGGGUGAGAAUGCUCACUUUGAGGCUCGUUUAACGCCGACUGAUGACCCUAAUCUUAAAGUGGAAUGGUAUUGGAAUGGAAAAUCUUUGAAGGCUGGGUCUAGAUUUAGAACAUUCUGCGAUUUCGGUUUUGUAAUACUCGAAAUAUCUCCAACUUAUCCCGAAGACUCUGGUGAAUACUUAUGCAGGGCAUAUAAUAAUUAUGGCGAAGCAGUGACAACAGCUACAAUGAAAGUACAAGGAAAGAGAAACAUUAUUUUAGAAUCCCAAUUACCAAAAGGUAUGGAGGGCACAAUCGACAAGAUAGCUGCCCUGGAAGGAUACACUGGUACUGUUGACUCACUUACACCAGAAACAGAAAGUGGUAAUCCCCCUGAGUUUACUACGACACCGUCUGAUCUCAUAUUAUCGGAAAAUUCAUCAGCUCAUUUCGAAUGCCGUUUGAUUCCUGUCAAUGAUUCCAGCAUGAUAGUUGAAUGGUUCCAUAAUGGCAAACCACUUUUAACUGGCUCUAGAGUAAAGACAAUUAAUGAUUUCGGUUUCGUAAUAUUAGAAAUUGGUGGUGUAUAUCAACGCGACGCUGGCCUUUACACUUGUAAAGCAACAAACCGACACGGUGAAGCAACAGUAUCAUGUAAACUUCAGGUCAAAGGUAGACAAGGUAUUAUCCUUGAGCCUCAGUUGCCUUCUCAUUUUAAAUCUGGCACUGAAAGUAUUCAAAAACUAGAAGAGACGCUUCACAAACGCGAGGAAAUUACAAUUGAGGAUGAAAAACCAAAUCCUCCUAAAUUUACUGUUGAAAUUAAGGAUAACCUAGAUGUAAACGAAGGAGGGCCUAUUCAUUUCGAUUGCCGGGUUGAACCUGUCGGUGAUCCCACUAUGAGAAUUGAUUGGUUUUAUAAUGGUAGACCUUUUGCGACGGGAUCUCGUGUACAUAUGCUAAACGAUUUUGGAUUUAUUGCAUUGGACAUUGAUUACAUAUAUACGAGAGAUGCUGGUGAAUAUACUUGCCGUGCUACCAAUAAGUGGGGUUCGGCAACGACAACUGCUAAAGUCACAUGUAGUACUAAGCGUGACAUUAUCUUAGAAUCUCAGUUACCACAAGGUAUGAGUGGCGAGAAAAUCAAAGAAUUGGAAAGAGGGCGCGUUAGCGACGCUCCUAAAGAAGAACCCGUAGUGAAUACACCACCUAAAUUCAUUACUCAAAUUCAAUCGCACACUAUAGAAGAAUCUGAAUCUGUGCGUUUUGAAUGCCGCGUUGAACCAAAACAAGAUCCUAAACUACGAAUCGAGUGGUAUAGAAACGGUAAACUUUUACCUUCAGGUCACAGAUUCCGAACGGUGUAUGAUAUGGGAUUUGUUUCUCUUGAUAUUUUAUAUGUUUAUGCUGAAGAUUCAGGCGAAUAUGUAUGCCGUGCUGUAAAUGACUUUGGAGAAGAUUUUACCAAAGCGACUGUAUCUUGCAAACAACUGCCAGACAUCAUUUUACAAAACCAAGUACCGAAAGGCAUGAAGAAAUCAGAAGCAUUAACUCAAAUGGAGGCAACUAUUAAAAAAUAUACUUCCGAAGUAUUCUUAACUGAAGACGAUCUUUUUGACAUCGAUAAGAAACAACCUCCUCGGUUUGUAACACAAAUACAAAGUCAAACUACCUUGAUUGAAAUGGAAUCGACCAAAUUUGAAUGUCAGCUAGCGCCUGUAGGAGAUCCUAACAUGAAAGUUGAAUGGUUCUUCAAUGGCAAACCUUUGUUACACAAAAAUCGCUUUACACCUAUUUAUGACUUUGGUUACGUUGCCAUGAACUUCGGCUGGGUAUAUCCAGAAGAUAGCGGUGAAUAUCUCUGUCGAGCUACUAAUUUGUAUGGUAUGGAUGAAACCAGAGCGGUUAUAAAAACUACCGGCAAACCAGGCAUUGUAUAUGAUUCUCAAUUGCCAAAGCAUAUGAAGAGUAUUGAAAAAAUACGGGAGAUGGAAGCUUCUUGGCAAGUUGGACCUGAACAAGCCGUGGAAGAAACUAAACCUCGUUCAGCUCCAGUGUUCGUAAGCCGCCCAGAACCAGUAACAGUCGAGGAAGGAGAGUGGGCACGUUUUUGUUGUCGUGUGACAGGCCAUCCAAAACCACGCGUGAUGUGGCUCAUCAAUGGAAAUACUAUUGUGAAUGGGUCUCGAUACAAGUUAACAUAUGAUGGAAUGUACCAUCUUGAUAUACCAAAAACCAGGCAAUAUGAUACAGGCAAAAUCGAAGUAAUUGCUAGAAGUUCAGUAGGGGAAGCUUUAGCAACCACCGAGUUAAAAGUUAUACCGAGACACGAUGAUUAUAGAGGUGUUCUCAAAAACGCACCAAGGCCUUGGUAUGAUGAAACAACUCAAUAUCAACGCACUGAAACUGAGUUAGAAAAAACAUUCGAAGAAAGGCAAACUAUGCAACGUCAGGGUGUUAUUGACCACAGACCUGAGUUGAAGCCAAAACUAGUUAAGGAUGCUGAAACAGAAUGGCAACAGACAGUGAAGAAAAAGAAGAGUGAGGAGUAUUACAAUAAAUUGCAGGAGCUUGAAAAUGAACAAAUUGUAAAAGAGAGUCGGUUAAGAGAGUCUUCUCGUCAAUAUUCUAUUCCUGGAGAGAAAGUAACAAGCUCUUCAGUCGCUAGAAGUAUGGCACAGAAAUAUGAAGACAAUUUGGAUAUAACAGAAGAAGUUGUUGAAACGCAAACUCAAAAGAAAGUUCAAAAGCCGAGAAUACCUGGACCAUCAGAAUCUACAGUUCACGGCAAGGAAGUGCAUGUCGCAAAACAAAAACAAAUUCAAAAAGAAGUUGUUGGAGAUACAGAAAUUACUCGAAAAAUUACAUCAACAGAAACAACUGAAGUAGAACAUAAAGCUCAAACACAAGAGAGAGUGGUUGAAGGCCCUGUCAAACCUUGUACACCAGCAGUAUUUACUAAAAAAAUGCAACCUUGCCGUGUUUUUGAACAUGAACAAGCUAGAUUUGAGGUAGAGUUUGAUGGAGAUCCAUUACCACAAAUAAAGUGGUAUCGUGAAAACUUUCCUAUUAAGAAUUCACCAGAUUUCCAAAUUCAUACAUUCAGCACCAAAUCCGUUCUUAUAAUUAGACAAGUUUUUGUUGAAGAUUCUGCAGUAUUUGCAGCCGUAGCCGAAAAUAGAGGCGGUACUGCAAAAUGUAGUGCUAAUUUAGUUGUGGAAGAACGUAGACGUCAAGGCAGGGGUGGAGUCAUCCCGCCUAGUUUCACUUUGACAGCGCAAAACGUCAAUGUCACUGCUGGUCAAUUGGUGAGGUUUGAUACCAAAGUUACAGGGACAAAACCUAUCGAUGUAUACUGGUUGAAAAAUGGUAAGAAAGUUCAACCAGACAUAAGAAACAAGAUCUUGGAGGAAGAUGGCACAUAUACUCUUCUUAUUUUAGAAGCUUUUACGCAAGAUUCAGGUAAAUAUGAAUGCGUGGCCAUAAAUAGCUCAGGCGAAGCAAGAUGCGAUGCUGAAUGCGCAGUUAAUGCUCCAGCUACUAAAGAUAAACCAAAGCCCCAAACUAAAUCAGCUAAUUCUCCGCCCGAAAUAAUAGAACCGCUAAAAGACAAGGUGGUCACUGAAGGACAAGCUAUUGAGUUUGGAUGUAAGAUUGUCGGUAAACCUGUUCCUACGGUGCAAUGGUAUAAAGGUGAAAAAUUAAUUAAGCCAUCCAAGUACUUCCAAAUGUCUAGAACUGCCGACGAUUACACUCUACGUAUUUCUGAAGCUUUUCCAGAAGAUGAGGGUGACUACAAAUGUGUAGCUUAUAACUUAGCCGGUCGUGUGACUGUUGCUGCUAAACUUAAAGUUCUGCAACCAGACCAGGCGGAAAACUUACCGACGCUUACACCUCUACGUGACGUUGUCGUAUACGAGGGUCAACCCGCACAGUUUAAAACUCACAUCACUAGCAAAGCAAAGCCAACCAUCCAGUGGUUACGAGAAGGUGCUCUUAUACCGGAAACUCCUGAUUUCCAAAUGAUACACGAGGGCAAUAACGCUGUGUUGUUGAUUGGCAACACUUAUGAAGAGGACACCGGCACAUUCACUUGCCGUGCUACUACCGCCGCGGGCCAGGUCGAGACCUCGGCUAAGCUAGUCGUCAAAAGUAAGACAUAGAUACAGGCAGCGAGCUCGCGUCGCGCACUCUUAAUCCAUUAAUGUAGUGUUUCUUUGUUUCAUCUCUAUACCUCAAUGAGAUCGGGUGAAAACUACUACUUAACUACUCAGUUGACAAGCGAAAAUAAACGAACACGUUAGACGGCAUCACACAAUCGUAGCGGUUCCCGCAGUAACGAUCCCGCCCGCUUCCUAGCAACCUCGCGUAAACUCAAGUCGUGAUAUUAUGACGCAUAGACCUAUUGGCAUGCACCAUCUAGCUUAUCUCAAAUGUCCAAAUCAUAAUUACGAUGUUGUACAAAAGACAGAACUGAUCCGCGCGCUCCACAUUGGACCACGGAGCGCGCACAUCUAACAAAACUCGCUAGUGGAAUACUGUAAACUUAACUCGGUAGUACAAUUUGCGCGAUACUGCAUCUAACAUUGCUGUACAAUUAAGCUUUUUGUGUAAAUAGUCAUAGUAAGACACCACAACAGGCGACGAAGGGCUACGAGCGUCGAGCGAAGAGCUUCUGUAAAUUUGGACACACGGAACAUGUAAUUAACACGACACGAAAUAUUCGACGACUUGUUUUGUUUGCUUUACCGCUACGAUGUUUACUAAAAGUAUUUGUUACCGAAAAUAUUUGUGAAGUAGAACACAUUGCGUGAUACACAAGACGCGUCUUUUGGCGAAACGUCAAAUGUAUUUUUCACCCAAUACUCUCCGUAAUGUUAGCCUAUGCUACUUUACUCGACUUUACUAUUUAUUUGGCCUUAUUAACAUUAAAAAAUAUUUUAUGCUUUUUGUGUUUUAUUGAGAUCCGACCUGUAAAACUUAAGUAACGAUCUCAAUUUCUAUCAUUUCAUCAAGCACAUAAUUUAAUUUAGGAAAAUAAAUUUCAUUUGUAAAUGAAACUUGGACUUGAUUAACAUCAAAUUGUGGUAUGACACGUGAAGAGAUUCAGUCGAAUCAAACACACGUACGUCACACCCGUGUGACGUACUUACACCGCAAUGGCCCAUUCGUACGGCAUAUCGACUCGUGCGAUACGUACUCAAGUCCUCGUUUUAGCUUUAUCCUCGAGCAUGUAUCAUAUUUGUAACGUUAUUUCAACUUACCGCUAUAGGACCCGUCAAUCUAACAAGUUGCACGCACGCUGCGGUUUGUUUUGCCGUAUUCUAAUGUCACCUAACAGUUGAGACUAACUUGUCAGUGUCACGUCAUACUACGUCCUACAUUUACGUCUUUGUAUUUACCGUGAAGUUGCGAGCCCGCGCUGGUAGGUGCACGCGGGCUCGGGGUGGUUCGUUCUCGUGAACGCAACAUUUGCCGUGGUGAUUACUGCAGUACUUCAACUGCUUUCGCUUAAGUAUCUGAUCUAUAUUUUUUUCCGCUGUCAACUCUACGUGACAAAGAAACAUUCAAAGAAAUGUCAAUCGCGCCUGCGACGUCGAGCACUCUCCUAAGUUCGCACGCGUUACUUGCCUUGCCAGUUUCUAUGUUUUGACAAACACUGCCGAUGUUGGUGACCUUAUUAAUGUUUUCUGCAAGUACAAAUCCGAAUUGAAUGAGAUUUUUAUAGUUUAACGUUACAGUGAUCUUUAACUUAGUUUGAUUUAAGUGCACGAUAUUGUUAAAAUUAAAUUGUGUUGUAUGUUUCACCUAAUUGUAUUAAAUUAUUAGGCGUGACAGAAUUUAUCACUAAAUAUUUAAGUGCCUACCUAUCCAUAUUUAAUAUAUUUAUAAAAAAAAUUUGUAUGUUACCUUUAUGUGAAAACUGUUUAAUAAACGCUAUAAAUUAA